AUGAAGGGCCCGAUGAUCAUCCUCAAUCCGUGUGCCCAAUCGCAUCCAUUCGACGAGCGGCGAUGUCGGGUCGGAAACGCGCAGGAUCCGCUGAAGAUUGGACGCUCGGUGGCCCGACUCAAACCCGCCACGGACAACGCCAUUUUCGACUGCAAAGUUUUAUCGAGGAAUCACGCGAUCUUGUGGUACUCCGGUGGCGCUUUCAUGCUCAAGGACACAAAAAGCAGCAAUGGGACAUUCGUGAACAAUGAAAGGCUGGCACAGACGGGAGAAGAUUCAGAGCCGAGACAGAUCAACACCGGAGACAUCAUUCAAUUUGGCGUGGAAAUUGUGGAGAAUACGAACAAAAUAUCACAUGGAUGCAUUUUGGCAAUGGUCCGACUUUUCGAUGAAAAUGGCGAAGAAGUAGAGAACCAAACAAACACACUGGAGCUAUCGCCUGCCAAUCAAAGCUACAGUGGAUCACUUGUCAACAGUCAACAGCUCUUCCAAAUGCAACAGUUCCUCAAGGAGGCGCUGUUAAGAGAGAAGUACCGUGAUGAGAAGAUUGCUCAACUGCAAGCUCAACUUAUGAGCGCGGAAAUAGCCACAGACCAAGCGUGGAAAUCGUUUCUGACUGAGGAUCGCCUGCUCGCAAGAAUUGCCGUACUGGAGGAGCAGUUGCUCCUCUGUGGAAAAAGCAAGAACAACGACAUGAUUCGCAUCGAGAUGGAUCAAUAUCUUGAAGACAAAAGCAAAUACUUGGCUCGAACACGCGAGGAAAUUACGAAGGCGCAAGAGGAGCGAGCCGAAGCGGAACUCCGAUUGAACGACACCGAACGAAGCUUGAUGACACUCGAAGAGGAAUUUCAGAUCAUUAAGCAAAGAUACGAAUCGCUGAGCAACUACAACGCGACGGUGGUUAGCGCCUUAGAGGAGCUGCGCGAGGAAAACAAGAAACUCGUGUACGAGCUUGAAGUAAAGGCGGAGCUUUUGAAAUCUGAGUCCGAGAACCAGCCACAACCAAUCAACGAUUUCUCGUCUCCAAGAAAGCAUGAAGAUGAUCCAGAAACGAGCCAUCAACCGACGUCCGACAUCCCAAGCACAAUCAAAGAUGAAGCGUCAAGGGAAAGCGGCGAAGAAGUUCCAGAACUACGACGCGAUGGACCGGGUUUCAAUGUCAAAGAGGAAUCGUCCGACGAGGAAUUGGUCAAAGAGCUGGCACGACUCAAAGAAGAAAAUACUAAGCUUCAAGCUACUUUGGACGAUUGCAAAGCAGAAAUUUCGACGCUUCGUAUAGAAGCCGCCACCCGCCAAGUUGGCCUCGAUGCGCCAAUCGAUCCAACGUCACUUAAUGAAACCGCGCUACAACAAACGAUGCCUUAUCAAGAUAAUGUGGUUUUGCUAUCGAUCAUUCCAAUCUUCUCAAUCAUCAUACUGUUCAUCAGCUACAUCUACACUUGGAUCGCAAGGAAAAUCGGGUUCAAACAGGAU